GGAGGAGCUAGCUGGCUAGCUAGUAGCCGACAGAGACGCCAUUAGUCAGGCGGAAAAGAGGCAGCCGCGUCAGGUAGAAAGGGGAAGUAGGUUGCCGUUUCGGACCCAGUUCCCGUGCACCUGUUGGUCAAUAUCGAUUAAAGUCGUAUUCGUUUAUCCCGUCGAGGGGUUGUCUCCUGAUUUGAAGUUCCUUUUAAAAAAAAGUCGUAAGUGGAUGUGAGCUACGCAGGACUUCAGUUAGCAUUAGCCGCACUAGCUUGAUAACGCUUGUUUUGAUAGAGAAACAAGAUCAAAGAAACAGCGCCCGAGGACUUCUGUACGGAGACUCCUGCCAUGGCGGCCGGGGGGACGGGCGGCAGAACCUACUCCUUCAAGGUGGUUUUACUCGGGGAAGGCUGCGUGGGAAAGACGUCGCUGGUGCUGCGGUACUGCGAGAACAAAUUCAACGACAAACACAUCACUACUCUACAGGCGUCGUUCCUCACAAAGAAGCUCAACAUCACAGGAAAGAGAGUAAACUUGGCCAUCUGGGACACUGCGGGUCAGGAGCGUUUUCACGCUUUAGGUCCGAUCUACUACAGAGACUCAAACGGAGCAGUACUAGUGUACGACAUCACGGACGAGGACUCCUUUCAGAAGGUGAAGAGCUGGGUGAAGGAGUUGAGGAAAAUGUUGGGGAAUGACAUUUGUUUGUGUAUAGUAGGUAAUAAAAUAGAUUUGGACAAAGAACGACACGUUUCAGUGGAGGAGGCCGAGAGUUACGCAGAGUCCGUCGGAGCCAAACAUUACCACUCGUCAGCCAAGUUAAAUAAAGGAAUCGAGGAGCUUUUCCUGGAUCUCUGUAAACGGAUGAUGGAGACGGCUCAGGCCGAGGAGAGGUUGAAGGGCAACGGAGCCAGCCAAUCGGCAUCGAGUAGGCGGGGCGUACAGAUCGUGGACGACGAACCACAGGCCAUGCCCGCUGGAGGAUGCUGCUCCUCUGGCUAACACACACACACACACACACACACACACACCUCAGACACAAUAUUCACACUCAUUUGAGUCUCUGUUGCUUUAAGAUCCUAAAAAAAAAUAUUAAUCCGAGCUGUUCUUUCUCUGUGUUUUAUUCGUCUCUGCUGCUAAGGAGCAUGGGAAGUUUUAUUUAAAACGGUUCAACCGCUUUUCCCCUUCAAAAUAAAAGCUACUCGUGAUCAAAUCUGAGCGGAAUAAAUUUGACUUUCAGACUUGAAGCACCAGAGCUGUUUGUGUGUUCAAUAAAAUAUCUGACGUGAACUUUA